AUGUCUGCCGAAGCUCCAAAAGAUCUCCCCGAAAUGGAGUACCGCUUUGUUGGCAAGAGCGGUCUCCAGAUCUCUGCCAUAUCUCUCGGAGGCUGGCUCACCUACGGAGGGCAUGUUGGUGAUGAAAAUACCUUUGCUUGCCUCAAGGCCGCCUUCGACGCCGGCAUCAACUUCUUCGACGCUGCCGAAGGCUAUGCUGGCGGCGAGUCUGAGCGUGUAAUGGGUCGAGCAAUCAAGCACUUUGGCUGGAACAGGAACGACAUAGUUGUUUCCACAAAGAUCUACUGGGGCACGCACAACUCCACGCUCCCUUCCCCCCGCAACAAGAUCAACAACCUCGGCCUCAGCCGCAAACACCUCAUCGAAGGCACGGAAGCCGCUCUCGCCCGCCUGCAGCUCUCCUAUGUAGACAUCAUCUACGCGCACCGUCCUGACCGGCAGACGCCCAUCGAGGAAACCGUCCGCGCAUUCAACUUCCUCAUCAACACCGGCAAAGCGCUGUACUGGGGCACCAGCGAGUGGCUGCCCAGCGAAAUCGAAGAAGCCUGGGCCGUGGCCGACAAACUCCACCUCAUCGGCCCCAUUGUCGAGCAGCCAGGCUACAGCCUCCUCCGACGCGGCAAAGUCGACGACGAGUUCAAAAACGCAAACCUCUUCGCCCGCAGAGGUCUCGGCCUCACCGUCUUCUCUCCGCUCGCCGGUGGUCUGCUGACGGGCAAGUACAUGGACGGCAUCCCCGCCGACAGCCGUCUCAAAACCUCCGAGGACCCGUACAUCCAGUCGGUCAUCAAGACCGUCGACACCCCCGCGUGGAAGGAGCAGCAGGAGCAGAUCCGCGCGCUGGUCGAGGUCGCCGAGCGCUUGGGCACCGAUGUCGCUACCCUGUCUAUGGCGUGGGUGCUCAGCAACAAAAAUGUCUCGAGCGCCAUCACGGGCGCUAGUAGGCCCGAGCAGAUCUACCAGACGGUCAGGGCCGUCCAUGUGUACAGGCAGCUGACGCCCGAGGUGCUGGAGAGGAUCGAGGCCAUCUUUGGGAAUAAACCUGCAGAGGUUACUCAGAGGUUUGGGGGUUGA